AAUGGAAUUUUCAUAUGCAUCUCAUCUGAUUAUAAACUCUUUCAGUUUUCAAAUCUUUUUUCACAUUUGUUCUAGUUAUUAUGGUUGAAGAGAAAAAUUAAAACUAAAGGUGAACCUAUAAUUUUGGCCAGUACUGUAUAUCCAGGCGGAUAUUAGGCGACAAAACAAAAAUGAAUUUUUCCCAGAUUGCUUGAUCCAACCUGCGAGCUUUUUGAUAUGUAUGAACGAUCUAGCUUUACGAAAUAACUCCAGAAUGUAUAUUUUUUCAGAUGCAAAGUAAUGCGCACUCUCACAGAAAAAGGUCAAUUUAAUACUAUCUUGACACGCUUGUUUAAAAACCGCUAUUACUGUUAAAAAUUUCUGAAUCAGCCACUGAAACAGCGGAAAAUAUUCAUCAAUAUAUGAGCUAUUUAACAGCAUAAAAUUUUUUUGUUCUAUGUACUAAGAAACCUAGGAAAACACAUAGUCAGAAACUAGCAUCAAAACACGUGGACGAGAGAUAAAAAUAUCUGUGAUGAAAUGUGAUAAAUGUCAAUCCCAAAAUGAGAUUAAUUCUCACUCUAGGCUUUUCCGGCUAUCAGUUAGUAAAGGAAUUGUUUCUUUUGGACCUAAAUAUGCGAGAAAAUAAAAGUAGUUUCUGAAAACACAUGCCAUCGAUGCAACGAGUUUCUUUGACUUUCUUAGUGCUGAACCUAGAAGAUCGAUUUUUCCUGAAAAUGUUAAUUUUUUUCUAAAAAAAGUAUUAGAAAUGGCUAAGUAAUGAUAAUUAUUCAUGAAAAAUAGUUUAUGAGCAAAAAGUCCUAAUGUUCGACUCAUUGUGAAAAAUGUCUACGAAUUGGAAGUCAUAGCCUUCUAUUAUGGUUUUGCACAUCAAACAGUUUUAGUCAAAAAAAUGUUCAGUUCAGUCAAAAAAAUCGUGCUACUACUCAUUCAGAAUGGCCUACUAAUCUGAGAAGAUGUUUGUUCUAUUAUUUAUUCUUCUUGUAUUUUAGAAAUAGUGAUACACAUUAUUUAGAAAACUUAAUUGAAAAUUAUUUUAUUGAAGAAAGACUUGAUUGUUAUUGUGAUGAAUGUAAAACAACGGAAGAAAAAUUAAUUCGCUAUAAUAUUGCUCAAUUACCGCGUGUAUUUGUACUUUAUUUAAAACGAUGGCAUGUAACAAAAACACCAUUAGGUGAACUUGAGUCCGUAUCAAAAGAAGAUCAAGAAGUGUAUUGUUCAUUAAAUUUAAAUAUGAAACCAUAUUGCACACAAAAUGUUCAAGAACCAAAAUUAUUCUCGAUUAAUAGACAAUUACCUAUUUUAAAAGAUUUAUUAAAACAACGAGAUAAAAUAAUGAAUAAUAAAUCACCAACAAUGUUAUCAACGUAUGAUAAAAUUAAUGAUUUCGACCGAGAACAAUCCUCCGAUGAUUAUAUUGAAUCAAAACGUUCACGUUUAAAUGAUGAAAAUAUUAACAUAGAAAAACAAAUUAACAAUUCAAUUAAUCCAAGUGAAACUAUUAACAGUUCAAUGUAUUUAAAAUCAUCCAUCAUUGAUGGUUUACAUGCUGAUUAUCGUUUAUUUGCAUUAAUAAAUCAUCAUGGUGGUUCAAGCGACGUUGGUCAUUAUACAUCAACUGUCUACGAUUGUCAACAAAAUGUAUGGUGGUCAUAUGAUGAUACGUCUGUUUCAACUUGUACAGAAGAAAAAGCAUUGAAAGAUUUGGCUCCAAAUGCAUAUGGUGUGAUGUAUAUACACAAAGAUGUAAUUGGAUUAUUUGAGAAAAAAUUAAAUUAA